UGGAAAGCAGAGGUUCAUCUUUCUCCCCUGCUUCCUGUUCUGUGUUCCUCACCGGCAUCCUCUGUACCUCCUAUAACACCCUUCUUCCAGACCAGCUACCAUGUCUCGUCAAUCCUUUGUACAGAUCCAGAGUGGGAGAAAGGGCUUCAGCUCCAAUUCUGCUGUCAUCCCUAGUGCCUGCCGCACCAGCUUCAGCUCACGCUCUGUCUCCCGAUCAGGCGGUUGCGGUGCCAGUGGUGGCUUUAGAAGAGUUGGUGGUGGUGUCGGCGGUGCUGGCUUCGGCAGCAGAAGCCUUUACAAUCUAGGUGGCUGCAAGAGAAUCUCCAUUGCUGGAAGCGGUGGUGGCUUCUAUGGAGCUCCAGGGCCCUAUGGUUUUGGAGCUGGUGCCGGCAGUGGAUUUGGUUACGGUGGUGGAGUAGGUGGUGGUUUUGGUGGUGGAGUAGGUGGAGGCUUAGGGUUAGGUGGAGCUGGUUUCGGAGGUGGCAUGGGUGGUCCUGGCUUCCCUGUCUUCCCACCUGGAGGCAUCCAUGAAGUGACUGUCAACAAGACCCUUCUUCAGCCGCUCCAUCUGGACAUCGACCCCAGCAUCCAGAGGAUCCGCACGGAGGAGAAGGAGCAGAUCCAGACCCUCAACAACAAAUUUGCCUCCUUCAUUGACAAGGUCCGAUUCCUUGAGCAACAGAAUAAGGUGCUGGAAACCAAAUGGACCCUGCUGCAGGAACAGGGACAGAAAACAGUCAGGAACAACAUUGAGCCCCUCUUUGAAACCUACAUCAAUAACCUCAGGAUGCAGCUCAACGGCCUGGUGGGGGACAGGGGAAGGCUGGAAGGAGAGCUGAACAACACACAAAACCUGCUUGAGGAUUUCAAGAACAGGUAUGAAGAAGAAACCAACAGGCGCCAUGAUGCUGAGAAUGAUUUUGUGACACUCAAGAAGGACGUGGAUGGUGCUUUCAUGAACAAGGUGGAACUGCAGGCCAAGGUCGACUCGCUGAUCGAUGAGAUCAACUUCCUGAGAGCCAUAUAUGAGGCAGAACUGUCACAGAUGCAGACACAAAUCACCGACACCUCUGUCAUCCUGUCCAUGGACAACAACCGGAGCCUGGACAUGGACAGCAUCAUUGCUGAGGUCAAAGCUCAGUAUGAGGACAUCGCCAACAGGAGCCGAGUGGAGGCAGAGUCCUGGUACCAAGUCAAGUAUGAAGAGCUGCAGGCUACUGCUGGCAGACAUGGGGACGACCUAAGAAAUACCAAGCACGAGAUCUCAGAGAUCAACCGACACAUCCAGAGACUGCGGGCUGACAUUGAAAGUGUGAAAAGACAGUGUGCCAGCCUGCAAGCAGCCAUCGCGGAGGCCGAGGAACGUGGUGAGAUGGCCCUCAAGGAUGCCCGGGACAAGCUGGCUCAGCUGGAGGAUGCCCUGCAACAAGCCAAGGCUGACCUGGCCCGCCAGCUGCGGGAGUACCAGGAGCUCAUGAACGUCAAGCUGGCGCUGGACAUCGAGAUUGCCACCUACCGGAAGCUGCUGGAGGGCGAGGAGAGCAGGCUGGUUGGAGCUGAGCCAGUGAAUAUCUCUGUGGUCAGCUCAACCGUUGGAACCAGCUAUGGAGGUGGAAGUGGCCUUGGCCUCGGCGGUGGUAGUGGACUGGGUAUCGGAGGUGGUAGUGGUUUCGGCCUCGGUGGCGGAAGCGGCAUGUGCGUUGUAGGUGGAAGUGGCCUCAGCAUGGGAGGUGGGCUCGGCAUUGGAGGAAGUGGCUUCAGCUCUAGCAGUGGAAGAGGCUCCUGCGGAUUGAAUGUUGGAGGUGGAAGUGGCUCCAGCGUGAAAGUCAUCAAGACCACAUCAAGCAGGAGAAGCUACAAAUGCUAAAUGUCAAUCCUUGAUUCUCCAGUAAAUUGUUCCCACCGUUUCUGACAUUGGCACACCAUUGACCCACACGUAGAAUGACCAUAAUGCAGUUGGCCAACCUUUCUUGACCUGAGUGCUUAUAAAUACAAUGCAUAUUAAAUCAAGAGCCUUGUAUUAUAGUCUCAGCUUCAGAAAUGGGGGCCUAUGUCUUGAUUUUCCAUUGUGGCAUUACCCCUCUCCUGUUUUUCAUUCUCACUCAGUAGUCUCACUCACACACAAACCUACCCUGGUAGCCAACAGGAAGAGGAUCUCUCUCUAAAUGAGCUGCUUCUUCUAGUCACUGCUGUACACCUAGGUAAAUUUUCAAGAAAAUAAAAAAACCCCAGUGCCCCCUUGUCAUCUAAGAAGAACUUUCUGAAUAACAUUAGAACCGGAAGUCUGACCAUUCAUGGCUUGUCCCAAUCCACUGCACGUUUCCAAAAAGGUUCCUUGUGUCCAUUUUAGCGACACAUUUUUUAUUGUCCUUUCUCUAGAGUGGGACAAGUGGCUAUGCCAUCCAGGUUAUCUCAUUAUUCAGUAACAAAAAAAUGGUUGCUUGGUUAGAAACUGAUACCGUCAUGUGUCUUGGCUCAUUUCAGCUGUAUUGGGUUCUGCACGCAGCGGGGGUUAUCAUCUUCUUAAUUUACGUGUCAUGCCUGUCUCUUGUACUGCACGGACUUGUGAAUUGUAUUUGCAAUUGAAUUGCGAUUCAAAGCUCUUGGCUCCAUAUUGUAUAUAACAUACGUCACACUACUGUUUGCUUCCUUCACUUUCUGGUGUUUGUCUAAUAAAAUGCAUAUGUAAUUUA